GCGGGAACUGAUUCAUCGAAUAUCGCAUGAUAAAAGGAUUCCUAUUGGCUCGCGUUUGCGCGUCGGCCUUCCCGCGGGCCGACGCGCGAUCGCGGGCCCAUCAGGGCGCAGAGGCGCUAGUGUGAAGUGGCCCAUCCUGUUUCGCAUGAUAGCUGAGUUCCGAUGGGCUCGCGCUUGUGCGUCGGCCUUGGCGCGGGCCGUCGCGUUUGCGUGAGGCCAUCGUGGCGCAGAGGCGAGGCGCUAGUGUGAGCUGUUCCAUCCUAAUUGGCAUGAUAGAUGAGUUCCGAUGUGCUCGCGCUUGCUUGCCGCGGGCCGUCGCGUUAGCGCGAGGCCAUUUUGUCGCAGAGGCGAGGCGCUAGUGUGAGCUGUUCUAUCCUACUUGGCGUGAUCGCUAAGUUCCGAUGGGCUCGCGCUUGCGUCGCCCUUCCCGCGGGCUGACGCGUGUGUGCGAGCUCAUCGGGGCGCCGAGGCGCGGCGCUAGUGUGAACUGUUCCAUGCUAUUUCGCAUGAUAGCUGAAUUCCGAUGGGCUCGGGCUCGCGCGUCGCCCUUGCUGCGGGGUGACGCGUGUGCGCGAGCUCAUCGGGGCGCAGGGGCGCGGCGCUAGCGUGAGCUGUUCCAUCCUAUUUGGCAUGAUGACUGUGUUCUGAUGGGCCCGCGCUUGCGCGUCGGCCUUGCCAUGGGCCGAGGCGCGGAGCUCAUUGGAAAGCGGAGCUCCCGGCACCGAUGGCGAGCUGCCCCGUGGGGGACCUGUCCAAGGAGCAGCAGGACCGACGAGCUCGCCUGCACGUACGCCGCGCUGAUCCUGCACGACGACGGCGCCGAAGUGGAUGCUGCUAGCAUGGCGAACCUCGUCAAGGCUGCCGGCGUUCAAGUGGAGGGCUACGUCCCGAUGCUGAUGGCGAAGAUGAUCAAGACGUACGGCAUGGACGCCCUUGUCAAGAUGGGCGGCGGCGGCGGCGGCGGUGGCGGCGGCGGAGGUGGCGGCGGUGGAGGCGGCGGAGGUGGCGGCGGAGGAGGCGACGCACCCGCGGCAGCGGAGGAGAAGAAGGUCGUGGAGGAGGAAGAGGAGGAAGACGUGGACUUCGACCUGUUCGGAUGAUGCCGCGGGCGCGGCCCGCGCCCGUCCCACGGAUGCACGGCAUCUGGCGACGCGCCCAAAAGGAGACACACGCUGGUCGCCGAAAGCAGGCAAUGUUGUUGGAUUCCCAGCUCCCGAUCUGCUUUAGGCGCCUUUCUGCUCCAGGAGUCGAGCGGUGGUCCCCAUCGUCCAGGGGCGGACAGAAACCCAGUCUGCUUCCAAUGCCUUCCUACCUCGUGCGUCUACCAACUCCUUGUGCGACUCACCGAUCGCUGGACGGUGUCUCGAUGCGUUGAGCGUGGUCGUCCCGGGCCGGUUGCUUGAGCCCAAGAAUGGCUGCUUCCCAGACGGCGCAACGCGAAUCGUGACGUGGCCAGGG